AUGCGGCGUUUCGAGAGAAUCCAUGACGUUGUUGAGCCCGUUGAAGAGUAUCACCGGGGAGGAUAUCAUCCAGUACACCUACAUGAUGUAUUCAACAAGAGGUACGAGGUUAUUGGAAAGUUGGCGUUUGGUCGAUUCUCGACAGUAUGGCUCACACACGAUCAAUUACUCCAGCGACAUGUUGCCUUGAAGAUACUGAAAGCAGAUGUUUCCAGAAACAAUAAAGAGCUUGCUAUGCUUCUUAGAUUAUCUGCUCCAGGCCUAGAUCAUCCUGGCAAAAAGCAUGUUAUUGAACUGCUGGAUUAUUUUGAGCAUGAUGGCCCAAAUGGGACACACUUGUGUCUAGUGCUCCCUGCAAUGAUAUCUGACGGUGAAGUAAUAAGUGUCAAUGGAAGGCCGCACCAGGCAGCCUAUGUACGAGUUAUUUCCAAACAAGUCUUGCUGGGUGUUGACUUCCUUCAUAAGCUAGGCAUCACUCACUGUGGUAGGUCAGCGCCUGAAGCAUGA